CCUGAUCUCCUCAUUAUAGAGAUCGAUAUAUGGCUGAUAACAGGGGCAAUAACUUAAGCAUUAGGGAAGGAUUUAAGUACCAUUUCGAUGGUGCUAGCAGUACUGCUUCGGGUGAAGAUGCGCCCAUGAAAGAGCAAGAUCAGUUGCAGCUCCCCAUAGCUAAUGUUGGGAGGAUCAUGAAGCAGAUUCUUCCUCCAAACGCCAAAAUCUCCAAGGAAGCCAAAGAAACCGUGCAAGAGUGUGUUUCCGAGUUCAUCAGCUUUGUUACUGGAGAAGCCUCGGACAAGUGUCACAGGGAGAAGCGCAAGACAGUGAACGGGGAUGAUAUCUGUUGUGCCAUGGCAACCCUAGGAUUUGAUGACUAUGGAGAGCCGUUGAGAAGGUAUUUGGAAAAGUAUAGGGAGUUGGAAGAGGAGAGAGCCCAACAAGGCAAGUUCUGCAACAGUACUGAAGAAAACAACAUGAAGCAUGGUUUGGUAAAUGUGGGUACGUUUGGUGGUUGAUGGUGGCGCUGGAUGUGGGAUCGACGAGAUGGUUGGGGGGCUCUCUGGGCCGGGAUCGAUCGAGGGUCUGAGUCCAUUGUUGUUUUGCCUUUUGUUUGUUUGUUAUCAGAAAGUUUUUAAGUGAAUCAAAUCACUUGAAUUUGAAUAUUGAUCAUGAAUAAAUCGUUGGG